UCAUUAUCAUGCACUCUGCUCCGCUUCUUCGUUCCCCUCCCUCUCGCGCUCCCCUCCCCACUCCGUCCGUCCUGUGUGUGGGGUGGGGGUGUGUGUGCGAGUGAGAGAGAGUGUGUCUCUCACUUAGUUGCUGGUCUGGACUGUCCGUCCGUCCCUGCCUGCCUUGCCUGUGGCUAUGGCCAUGCUGCCCUCCUCCUCCUCUCUCCUCCCGCUGCUUCUUCACUUGCCUUACUCUUCUCUCGCCUCCGCGCCCUCUCUUCCCUUAGCUCCCUAAGUCUGUUUCCUUCUCCUCACAGGUACUCUCGGCGCUUGCAUCUGCACUGUGAGACACACUCUUCGCUCUGCAUUUUUUCACUAGCUGCUUCUCUUCACCACCUUCGCCUCUCGUUUCCUCAAUCGUUUAAGCGUUGCACUGGAUUACAGCGACAGGCGUUACUUCAUUAGCUCCUUGCGAUUUGUUAAUGUUCGCCACGACACAGAGUACACCUAACGGCCGGUACUACGAAAUCUAGACGCGAUCGAAUGGCGCUCCAUGUUGCUGCUUCUAGAUAGUGACGUCAGAUCUUCGAUUGUCAACUUUACUAAUCGUCUGAUGUCACUCAGUUAAUAAGUGACCUCUCCCAAGGUGCAGGGAGGUGCAACGAUGAAGUUUCUAGAGUGGUCUACCGUAGAAAAUGAGGAAAUUGAGGCCCACUUUCUCAGCAGGCUCAACUGCUUGCAGAAUUUUCGUACGGAAAGGAUUGGUCAACGUGCAGUGCAAUUGAUUGGGGAUGUUUGUUUUGGCUUCUUCGUUUUCGCAGUCCUCAUUGUGACUGUAAUCGCUAUCACCUACAAGCCCCCCGAUCCGUGGCUACAGGAGCAAAAGGCUUACAAUAUCCUCUUCAACAGCGUCGGAAAUUCCACGUUCCACCUGGAUGAUUCAGUGCUCGUUACGGGAGACGAUCUGAAUGUAAGUUCAACAAGUACACCUCUUGCACUCCCUCCAGCGAUUAACGCGACCGUUUUCGAUGAAAAUUCUGUUCAAGAAAGUUGUAAUACUUCUAUCCCCUGGAAUUGUUCAGACGCAGGGGUGAAGUUUGUUGUUGAGAAAAUGAAUGCACAUCAUUUUCCGAGACUCAUUUUUUAUUCGUACCGAAUUGUUUCGGGCGGUUCAAAGGGUGUGUGUGAUGUUGCCUGGAAAUACCGCCCCAUGAACAUUACAACUCCACGGAUGUAUACAGAUUUCAGGCGUUUUUCUCUGGUUAGGAACAGUGACUGUAGUUUUGAGGUCAAAAAGAUAGGAAAGUGGCAUUCUGGUGUCAAUGCACGGCCGAGGAGGAUCCCUGGAGGAUCUGAAAAUGACGGGAAUUCCGCUACGUUUAGCGACAUACGGCCAGAUACCGCUUUCCGGCAGGGAAAAUAUUUAUAUUACACACGUGGAGCUGAUUAUUGUAAGAGCAUGGGCCAGUAUACGUGGGGUUUGUUAUGUGCACUUGGUGAGGCGCGGUAUCUGAAUCGGACAUUUGUGAUGGAUCUAGAUGUUUGUCUAUCCUCAGAAUAUAGUGCUGCGCACAAAGAUGAGCCAGGAAAGGACUUCCGUUACUAUUUUGACUUGGAGCAUCUCGCUAACGCGACUUCCAUUAUCGAGAAACACAGUUUUGAGGAGUUGCUCCUGAAGUGGAACGUGCUUACUGAGCGGCAUGUCUUCAAUCAUGAGAUUCAACCAGUAGAUUUGAAGAACGACACUCACUCUGUCUUGUACCGAGAUUUCAGAAUUGAGGUUGAUUUCGACAAUCAUUGGUACAGAGUGUGCGAGGGGCAAGCGGAGCAUUAUAUUCAGCGACCGUGGAAUUUUCUCUGGAAGUCGAAGCUGCUGAUGAAUAUGGUCAAUGCUAUUUGCAAUAAGUUGGAAUGGGAUUUCGAUGUUGCUCAUGUUGUCCGAGGUUAUAAAGCUGAAAACAAGAAGCUUUGGCCCAACUUAGACAGUGAUACUUCUCCUGAGAAUCUUAUCGCAAAACUCAAGGUCAUGAUUGGGUACAGGCGCAAGCUCUACAUCGCAACCAACGAACCCUUCCCCGAAUACUUCGACAGACUGAGGGAGCAAUUUGAGGUUCAUGUGCUGGACGAUUUUAGCCAACUUUGGGCAGAGAACAGCGAGUGGUAUAAUGAAACUAUGCGCAUUUCGGGCAAGCCUGUCAAUUUUGAUGGUUACAUGAAAGUGAUAAUUGACACAGAGAUGCUGAACAGGGGAAAGAAGAGAGUUGAAACAUUCAAUGACCUCACCAAAGACUGCAAAAACGGGGUUGGAAGAUGCUAAAGUCUGAAACUUAACAGCUGUAGAGGUAUUUAGUAUGCAAUUUCGAGCUGUCUGUCCUGCGGUUAUGUUCUUAACUAAUCGGAUUGCAACAUAGUGAAGGAACUUUUCCAAUUAUAUAAAUUUCGGAUCAGAGUAGAAUCCGGGUCAAUAGGUGCUCUAGUUUGUAGGAAUGACUUUGAUACGUUUCAUAAUUUCGACGGUUUGAGACCUGGAAUUUUAAUCGAGUUACUCUCAAAAACUGUUGUCAGCGAGAGACUGAUGUUGAA